UUUCGGAAGGUCCUGUUUGCUGGUGGCUCCCAGAGUCCCUACGCCAAAGCUAUGAGGGGACAGAUCACCCUGUCCCAGCUUUUUUCGGAGACGGAAGAGGGCUGCAGGCAACACGCCACCACCGCGGGCAUCUCCCUGCCACCCACCUUCUCGGUGGCACGAGCCUUCGAGGAGAUGGCAGCCAAGGGGACCAUCAAUGUCCCCAUGCUGCAGGCGGCGAGGGCACUGCGGAGGAACGGAUUCAAGACCUGCAUCCUCACCAACAACUGGGUGGACGACAGCGCCGGGCGGCUCUUCACGGCCACGCUGAUGGACCUGCUGCGCCGUCACUUUGACCUGGUGAUCGAGUCCUGCCGGCUCGGGGCGCAGAAGCCGGAUCCCGAAAUCUACGUCUAUGCCCUGGAUGCGCUGCAGGCGAAGCCGCAGGAGGUCAUCUUCCUGGAUGACAUCGGGGAGAACCUAAAGCCGGCGCGGGAGAUGGGCAUGGCCACCAUCCUCGUCAGGGACACCGACACCGUCCUGAAGGAGCUGGAGGAGCUCUCGGGCGUCCAGCUUCGCACCCAAGAGGAGCCACUGCCGACGGCGUGUGACCCAAACAACGUGACCCAUGGAUACGUACCCAUCAGGCCCGGCGUCCAGCUGCACUUUGUAGAAAUGGGACACGGCCCCGUCGUCUGCCUCUGCCACGGCUUCCCCGAGUCCUGGCUCUCCUGGCGCUACCAGAUCCCAGCUUUGGCCGACGCCGGCUUCAGGGUGAUCGCUGUGGAGAUGAAGGGCUACGGGGAGUCCACGGCCCCGCUGGACAUAGAAGAAUAUUCCCAGGAGCAGAUCUGCAAGGACCUGGUGGUUUUCCUGGACAAGCUGGGCAUCCCACAGGCGGUGCUGGUGGGGCACGACUGGGGCGGCGCCGUGGUCUGGAACAUGGCCCUUUUCUACCCCGAGAGGGUGAGAGCUGUGGCCUCGCUGAACACCCCCUACCGCCCCGCUGACCCCUUUGUGGACAUCGUGGAGAAGUUGAAAGCCUUCCCCAAUUUUGACUACCAGUUCUACUUCCAGGAGCCGGUGAAGGCGGAGGUGGAGAAAGACAUCGGCCGCACCCUGAAGGUCCUGAUCCGCUCCACGCGCAAGGAG